AAAUGGGCGCACAGAGACUUCGUCGCCUAUUACUACUCUCUCUCUCUCUUCCUUCUUCAUAUUCAACCGUACCCUCUCAUGACAACAGGGGACCUCGUCCUGUCGUUUUUAGGUUGUCCUACAAUUGGUGAUUUUUUAUUGCAUGAUUUUCGUUGCAGAAGAUUGGAGCAGAAAAGGCAAAAUUUUGGGGGAAUUCUUAAUUGAUCAUUGUUACAGAAGUGUAGUUUCAAAUCCUGUUGAAGGUAGAGAAACUCCCAAAUGCUUAAUUUUGGCAGGACCAGAAAUCAGCCGAGGUCCAACAGAUCGAUGCCACUUGGAGGCCUGGAUUAUGCAGACCCUAAAAGGAAGGGUAAUCAUAUGGGGAAGAUCCUUUUGGCUGCUGCCCUCACAGCCUUAUGCAUUAUUAUGCUCAAACAAUCCCAAACGUUCAAUGCUCCAAGCCUGUUCUCCUUGCAUGAAGAAGGAGUGACUCAUGUGCUUGUGACUGGUGGUGCUGGCUACAUAGGUUCACAUGCUGCAAUGCGGCUUUUAAAGGACGGUUACAGGGUAACCAUAGUGGAUAACCUCUCACGGGGAAAUAUUGGUGCUGUCAAAGUUCUACAAGAAUUAUUUCCAGAACCUGGGAGGCUUCAGUUCAUAUACGCUGACUUGGGGGAUGCAAAAGCUGUUAACAAAAUAUUCUCUGAAAAUGCAUUUGAUGCUGUGAUGCACUUUGCGGCUGUUGCAUAUGUUGGGGAAAGCACAAUGGAUCCUCUUAAGUACUAUCACAACAUUACAUCAAAUACCUUGGUAGUCCUGGAGUCAAUGGCUGCACAUGAAGUGAAGACUCUGAUAUAUUCAAGUACUUGUGCAACAUAUGGGGAGCCUGAGAAGAUGCCCAUUACUGAAGACACUCCACAGGUCCCAAUUAAUCCAUAUGGAAAAGCCAAGAAGAUGGCAGAGGAUAUCAUCCUGGAUUUUUCUAAAAAUUCUCACAUGGCAGUUAUGAUACUAAGAUACUUCAAUGUGAUUGGUUCAGAUCCAGAGGGCAGACUAGGUGAGGCUCCUAGACCUGAACUGCGAGAGCAUGGAAGAAUUUCUGGUGCAUGUUUCGAUGCAGCUCGCAAUAUUAUUCCUGGCUUGAAGGUUAAAGGAACAGACUACAAGACUCAUGAUGGUACUUGUAUUCGAGAUUAUAUUGACGUUACAGAUCUUGUCGAUGCUCAUGUGAAAGCCCUUGAAAAGGCAAUGCCUGGUAAAGUUGGUAUCUACAAUGUUGGAACCGGAAAAGGUAGUUCUGUCAAGGAAUUUGUAGAGGCAUGUAAGAAGGCAACCGGCGUUAACAUCAAGGUCGACUACUUACCUCGCCGACCUGGGGACUAUGCUGAAGUUUAUAGUGACCCAACAAAGAUCAGGCUUGAGCUGAACUGGACAGCACAACACACUGAUCUUCAGCAGAGCUUACAUACUGCAUGGAGAUGGCAAAAGUCGCAUAGGAACGGAUAUGGAUCGUCUUUGGUAAUGGCUGCUUGAAACAUUGAGAGAAGUUCAGUGCAGAAAUUUAACUAGACCCCAUGAAGCAGUAGCAGCUACUCUGAGCUCUGCUUCUACUAUCUUGGAGAAGAGGGGUUUCAAACAAAAUUUUUUUUCAGUGUCUAAUAUAUAGUUGUAGGAGUAGCCAAUUCAUUAUAUGUAUUGAAACCAUAAUAGCUUAAUAAUAUGAUGCCCCAUUGCUGAGGUGCAGGUAUAGCUUCUAUUUGAUUUUGUGCUCAUGUUGAAGAACAAAGUUAAUGUAUUUAUUUAUUCUUUUUGGCAA